AUGAUCGUACGAAGGACUCCACUGAGUUCGAAUAAACCGGACCUGAUCAUCAUUGACGCCUACAGCAAUGAUAACCUACGUCGGAAGAAUCUGUUCUCUCACUACAUGACCAGGGGGCGUCAUUUCAAAUUGAGUACCAUUUUCCUUAGCCAUAGCUACUGUGCCACCGAUAAGAUGCUGAGAUUGAAUUCAAAGUACGUGACGAUCCAAAACGCCAAUUCGAAAAGAGAUUCAGCAAUGGUUGUCAAAGAGUUUAAUAUCCCCGGCGUUGAUGAACGAUUGAUCGUCCAUUACUACAUCCGCGCUACGGAGAGGAAAGGACAAAUUCUGCUUUGCGAUAGCGUAAGAGAACAAUUGCGAUACAAUUUCGAUCGACCUACUCGAACGGAAGAGUAA